UUGUGCCUCUCUCUCUGAGCUGUCGUCGCUCUCUUCACUCGCACAUUUUUCAGGAGGUAGUCCGGAUGGAUUUCGAUACGCUCGAGUUUCUGAAAGAAAGGAUUCCGAAAGCUCCUGUUUUCUCAUUCUUCUGAGGUUUAACAGGCUUUACGACAAUGAUUACAGCCUUUUGUGUGUAGUUUUAUCGUCAGUGACAUGAAGAAGCGCGAAUUUUUGCAUCCAAAGUGGCUGAGGGAUUGAAUUGGCGUGUUUUCUAUCCAGCACCAAGUUUGGAAGCUGAACCAGCAUGGCCAAGUGGCUAAAGGACUACCUGAGCUUUGGCAGGAAGGUGCCCCCACAGCCACCCACUCCGGACUAUACAGAGAGUGAGAUCCUCAAAGCGUACCGCCUGCAGAGAGACCUUGACUUUGAAGAUCCGUAUGAGGAUGCGGAGAGCAGGUCCAGAGGGGAAUCUGGGACUUUUGACCCCUCCACACCAGUGUACGGAUCUCCCAUGAAGUCUUCCAGUGUGGACAUGAAGUCUCCUAAACACAGGCUGAUCAAAGUGGACUCCCAGGAGUUGGGACGCACCAAGAUUCUUCUCAGCUCCAUCUCUUUGGAAGACCAACCAGAGCCUGUGGUCCCGUCAGCCCCAAUGGCAGGAGACACGGAUUAUUCAGAUCCAUUCGACGCGCGAUUGGAACAUCGACCGGAUCCAGAUCUUGGUCUUGUCCCUUGCGAGAAUAAUGGCUACAUGGAACCAUAUGAAGCUCAGAGGGUCAUAACAGAACUGCAGCGCACCCCCGGAGGAGGACGAAUGCGUGGAGGGAUGCAGCUUUACGACACUCCGUAUGAAGAAGAGCGAGGACAGCGCCUGGGCUAUGUCUACGGAGAACUUCAUGAAGAGGGCAAGGAGACCAGCAGGCUACCGCAAGAUGACGAGAGACCAGCAGACGAGUAUGACCAACCCUGGGAAUGGAAAAAGGAUCACAUCUCCAAAGCAUUUGCAGAAAUGAGGGAGUUGACGGAGUUGCCCUGGCCUGCCCCUGUGGGUCAGCUGGAGGAGGAGCCCCCUGUCAGAGAGCAAGCACAGUUUGACGGUGCAGAGUGGGAUCGCUCGUCGUCGCCCACAGAGCGGAUGCGUCCUGCAGCUCCCAGGUCGAGCCCGCUAGCAGCAGGAGGAGGAAUGAAGUUCCGAACUCCUCAUGAAAGCCCCACCAUGAUGGGGGAGAGAGUAGACCCUACACUGCCUCUGGAAAAACAGGUAUGGUACCACGGCGCACUGUCGCGCUCGGAGGCAGAGUCGCUGCUAACACUGUGUAAAGAGUGCAGCUACUUGGUGAGGAACAGUCAGAACAACCGCUUGGACUUCUCCCUGAGCCUGAGGAGCUGCCAGGGUUUUAUGCACAUGAAGUUCACCCUGUGUAAAGAUGGGAAGUAUGUGCUGGGACAGAACAGCCCUCCAUUUGACACCAUUCCCGAGGCCGUCCACUUUUACACCACACAUAAACUCCCGAUACGAGGUGCCGAGCAUCUGUCCCUGCUCUUUCCAGUGCAGGUGCAGACCCUCUGACUGACUCAGUCUUGUGGACCUGAAUGAUUUCAUUUUGAUCAGAAACAGAAAACAUGAAUGUUCGACCAAAAAAUCUCAGCGGCGUGAAACUACUCAAUCUCUUUCUUUUCUUUUUUUUUUGACUGGAUUACUUUUAGUGUUUCAGGACAUGAGGGGCUUAUGCUCGCAGCUGUUGCAUCUGUGCCAUGUGCAGAACAUCUUGGGGAUCAAUUCCCAUGAAAUGCAGUACCCGAGCUAUCAGCACCUUUACUGCGACUCCUCUCAUCUACGUGCUUAACCAAGCGGGUUUGCUUCAGAACAUCUUCUACACUUUGUUGCAUUUCUUUCUCAUUCAAGAGAAAUGCACUGGGUUUUAGAAGCGCAGCCACUGCAAGAAAGCCUGCAUAUUGUGAAUGUACUGAUUCUCCAGUUUACUGAAGAAAAUGAGCAGAAGACAUUAUAAAUUAUUACAAUAUAACACUAAACAACCUUAAAACCAUAAAACAAAACUGUUUGUGAGACUCUAAACUGGUAGUUUUGCUUUUCUUUCAUUCCCUAAGACAAAAUGAGUCAAUUAGGCUAAGUAACACAAGAAACUAUUGUUUAAAGGAAAAAUCUAUACUGGAAAGAAAGCUAUUUUUAAAGACAGACAAUUUUUACCUACACCAGUAAUGGAUCAAUUGUUGUUUCUUUUUUUACAAACUCACAACUGUUGAAUUCAACCCAGCCUACUUUAUAUGCUGUAAGGGUUGCUUGACACAUGUCAGUGUUAUUUGUUAAUUGUAUUUAAAAAAAAGUGUUGUUCUGGUACUUGAUAAAACUGAGUUUUACCUCUUGUUGCCUGCA